AAGGCGAGCUCGGUGUUCAGUCGCCAAUGGUGUCUCAUGAUCUGCGACGAGAUCCACGACCAUCGCAAGACGAACAACACCUUUCGUGCGAUUCGCAUUCUUCGGGACCAAGUCGGCGGGGUGAUCGGCAUGUCUGCGACGCCCACCAUUACCACGCCAAUGGACCUUGUCAUGAUCGGCAGGCUGCUUGGAGUACCUCUCUGCGGCGACCAGUAUACCGACGUGCUCAACGCGCACAACAGAGCACUCAAUCGCGCCAUGAGCAACGACCGUGCCGAGCGUGCUGUGGAAGGCGACCUCGCCCGGCUUGCCGCGGUCAAGGGAGAGGGCGACUCCAUGGAGGUCUCACUUAGCCAGACCGCCACUGUGGUGAUGCAGAUCACGGCCGAUCUACACAUGCGAUUCGCCGACCAGGUCCUUCAUCGCACAGUCAACUCGAUAGACUGGGAAGGCAAGCCCAUCAGUGGACUCCCGCCCGCGCAUGACAUCGCACUCCUGCUGCGACUGUCCAUAAUCGAGGAGCAGGUGCUCAACGAUGUCACGACCGAGGCUGGAGAGGCCAUGGAAGGCAGCAGGAAGGCUGAGGCAAGCAAGGUGGGACGGGCGCAUGCGACAUUGUCGCGUAAUCGCGAUUGCGACAGCCAUUUUUCACACAACUUCAGUAAGACCGCGAUGUUACCAUAUGUACUCACACCUAUCCAGGCCUUUUACAUCGACCUUCGGCGGGCGAUGUUUCACAUCUCCCUCUCCAAGAGUGCGCCGGAGAACAUCACCAUUCCUGAGACCGUCAAAGACUUUGAAGCGAUGCCCACUGCAAAGCUCCGCGCGCUGCUCGACAUCCUCCAAUACCAUCUGUCUAACCAGAAGGCACCUCCGUUGAACAUCAAAAAGGAAUAUCGGGGCUGCAGUUCAUCGUCGCUCCCACCGUUUCCUGAGCCGAACAAACUGUAUCCAAUGGAGGACUUUGAGUACGAAAGGUACGGUGGCGAUGGUCCGGACAAGAUCAUCAUCUUCUCGUUCUUUCCCUCGAACAACUUUAUACACCGGUCGCUCAUUCUGCUGCAGUUGCUCAACGCAUACGGCAUCAAAACGGUCUACGUCCAUGGCCAGAUGAGUGCAAAGAAGCGAGCUGAGGCAAUUGCCCAGUUCCGAAACUCUGAUAUGACUGGUCCCCGUGUCCUUGUUAUGUCUGGCGUUGGGGCAACGGGACUCAAUCUCGCGUGGGCCAACAUUAUGAUCUUCAUUGAUACUAUGUGGUCUGCCCAGGAAGAUGAGCAAGCCAUCGGUCGCAUCCUUCGCUUUGGACAGCUGCGCGACGUGUUCAUCUACCGACUCAUCAACCGCGACACUGUGGACGUUAUCCUGAACAACAUUGCUUUCGAGAAGGGGAUCAUGCAUGAAGCGUUUGUGAAGGCAAACUACAAGCUCCGUAUGUAUCGCCUUUACUUCAUCGCGCACAAGGUUAACCUUUUAUACAGAGGAUGCCCUGAAGCGAAUGUUAGGUCCACAUCUCGCCGACUUGCAAGAUGCAAUAGCUGCCCAACAAAGUCAAAGAGAAAUCAGUCAAAAUCCGGAAGAACAAGUGUCUGA